AUGGCAGAUUGCAACUCAGUAAAUAAUCCCAUUGUUCCAGGCACAAAGUUAAUGAAAGAUUUGAUGGGAGAGCAAGUGGAUUAUACUUUCUAUAAACAACCAGUGGGUAGCUUAAUGUACUUAACCUCCACUAGGUCGGAUUUGCUAUAUGUGGUUGGUCUUCUCAAUCGAUACAUGGCUCAUCCUACUACAUUUCAUCUUCAAGCUGCAAAACAUGUGUUAAGAUAUAUCAAAGGCACCACUACAUUUGGUGUGUUUUAUCGCCAGGGAGGGAACCACCAACUUGUGGGAUAUUCUGAUAGUGAUUAUGCAGGAGAUGUCGAAGAUCGCAGGAGCACUUUAGGUUUUCAAUUUUUAUUAAGUUCAGGGGUUGUGUCUUGGUCCUCUCGCAAACAACCUAUUGUCAAGCUGUCUACGACUGAAGCAGAAUUUGUUACAGCAUUUGCUUGUGCAUGUCAGGCUGUAUGGUUGCGAAGGAUGAUGGAGCAGCUUGACCAAACUCAAAGUGGAGCUACCAUGAUAUAUUGUGAUAAUAGCUCAACAAUCAAGCUCUCUCGUAAUCCAGUUAUGCAUGAUCGAAGCAAACAUAUUGAUGUUCGAUUUCAUUUUCUCAGAGAUCUCACUUGA